GAACGUGAGCACCACCGUGUCCGCCUGCGAGCUCCCGGGUGCAGCGCCCCGGUCCUCUCCUGCUCGGCGGAGGGACUUUGGAGACCCUCAGAUGCGACUCUUCUGUGCCGGUUCCGAAACCAGAAGCCCAGGAAGGUUGAGCGUCCUAACCCGGGUUCUGUAAAGGGCUGCUCCUCCGCGUCCUGCUGCCGCUUAGUAACGGAAAUAAUCAAAGGGGGGCAGGGGAGGAAGAGCGAAACGGGAGACGCAGGAGGAUGAUGCUGACGGGGUUGACUGCCACGGAGGUAAACACACGUUUCAGAGCGAAAGGAGAGAUAACUGGUACUAAGGCCUCUGUAGCCAUGGCUAGUUCUGAUGUGAAACCAAAAUCAGUAAGUCGUGCCAAAAAAUGGUCAGAAGAGAUAGAAAAUCUGUACAGAUUUCAACAAGCAGGAUAUCGGGAUGAAGUUGAAUAUAAACAAGUGAAACAAGUUUCUAUGGUAGAUCGUUGGCCAGAAACAGGCUACGUGAAGAAACUUCAGAGAAGGGACAAUACUUUCUAUUACUACAACAAACAGAGGGAAUGUGAUGAUAAGGAAGUUCACAAAGUGAAAGUUUAUGCUUACUAGCCUUUCUUCUAUUGAUACUUGUCCAUUACACGUUAAGAAGUCAUUCUUUCAUUCUGCAUCAUGUGCAUGUUUAUCAAUGUACAGAAGCAUUCUGAAUGCACCCUGCAGUUUAAUGUUUUGAAAUGCAAAGCCAUGAAACUGAUAGCUAUUCAUCACCCUGUCCUGUUCUGAAAUCCAACUGCAGAAGCAUUAAAGUUGUACCCUUCAUGACCCUGCUCUUUCUGACCAUUGUAACUGUGGCAGAACCUCUGAUAUGUGUGGGGAAAGAAGUUGCCCCCUUUGAAACCUGCCCACCGCUUAGGCUACUUGUGUAUGCUCUUAGAGCACAGCUUUCCCACUCUCCGCGUUUUCCUCUGUAUAGAACAUCACUUUGAACAGCCAGAUCUACAACAGGACCUUCUCUUGCCUCUGGGGUCCUCUACCUCUUCCUGGUCAGACUGGAAAUACCAAGGAAUAAUGCUGCUCCAGGAGCAGCCUUCCACUGAUGACUGUUGGCUGUGCAUUUGGCCUAGUGGUUAAGUUGCCACUUGGCACCUGCACUCCGUAUCUGAGAGCCUAGGUUCAAGUGCCGGCUCCACUCCUGAUUCCAGCUUCCUGCUAAGGCACACUCUGGCCUGCCCCAGCCUCUCCUAUAUGU